CUUCUUCUCAAAUUGAAUAUUUUGUGGUGGGAUAUUUGGUGGAAGGGUUACAUAUUGUCUCCGUUGCUUAAUAAUUGCUCUUCUUUGACUAAGCUAUCUUUGAGAGGCUGUCAUGUCUCAUCCAGCGACACCAUUAGUUGGAGUUCACUUAAGUCCUUGUCCAUUCAAAACGUGAGUGAUGAUGUGCUUAGGAAGAUUUUGAUGGGCAGCCCUGUUCUUGAAUACUUGAAAUUGAUCGGAUGUCGGGGUGUAAAAGGAAUUCAAUCGAGAAGUUUGAGAGAGUUGGUGGUUGAUUCUACUGUUGUGGAAUCCCCCUUGGAGAUAUCGACUCCUCGUUUGCUGUCAUUGCGUGUGAAAGUGGAUUUCUUUUAUGAGAUAAUGAGAAUUAAUGAAGCACCGUCCUUAGUUGAAGCUGAAUUAGACUUUGACAGUCCAGCCAAAUCAGAUUGCUGCCUGCUAAAGGAUAUGCUUUGCAAGCUGCAGAAUGCUUCUCAAAUUGUUUUUGGUGCUUGGUGCCUUCGGGUUAUGUUGCCUCUGAAGGUGAAAGACGUGCUGUUUUCGCUGCCAAAUUGCAAGUGUAUGACUGUACACAUUCCCUUUCGCCAAUUCAGCUUUCCUGCUGUAGCAAAUAUGCUAGCAACUACACCAAAUUUGGAGAAGCUGGUCAUUAUUUUUGAGCCAUCUGAUUGGAGCUCUCUAUGGUAUGAAUCUGACUUAGACUCUCGCAAUGUUGAUCAUGAGAGCUAUUCGCAUAUAGAGAAGAAGUUCAAGCAUUGGGCUCAGCAGCUCAAGAAUGUCGAGAUUUUUGGAUUUUAUGGUUGUUUAAGAUUGAAAUAUGAGGAAGUGCUCAUGUUGGUAAAGUUUUUGUUCGAACAUGCAUUUAUGCUGGAAAAUAUAGUCAUUAAAGGUGAGAAUCGUAAUUCACAAGAAGAUCAUGAUCUUGAGGUAGUUGAUUCAUGCAAAUUGCUUGAAGUGACCCGGCGACUUCAAAAGUGUCACAGAACUUCUAGGCAUGCUAGAAAAAGGGUAUGGAAAGCGCAAAAGAAAGGAGUCAGAGUAACAGCAAAAUGUUUGUCCAUCAGCCGUGAGAAUGCCUGAUUGGAAUAGGAAUACAGCAAGCCACAACAUCAACUAGCUUGAUCUAUUGUUGGUAAUGUCUCAUGUAAGUCUUUCAGUUUUUUAAAGCAAGUUUUGGAAUUAUAUUUUGUUUCAGAAUUGUUUUACAAGGUUUAGUAACGUGUUGCUAUAAGAAAUUCCCCCUUCACAUAAGUAAGGUCGUUCUAAGGAAUCCAUAUUAAAUCACAUGACAGUGACA